AUGAUUGAUGGUGGGGACUUUGAUGGUGCUAAGGCAUACAAGGACAGCAAGGUCUGUAACAUGCUCACCAUGCAAGAGUUCCAUCGUCGGUACCAUGAGGACACUGGCAUCACAUUUGCUUCCCUUUAUCCUGGUUGCAUUGCCACAACAGGCUUGUUUAGAUACCACGUCCCUUUGUUCAGGACUCUAUUCCCUCCGUUCCAGAAGUACAUCACAAAGGGCUUUGUCUCUGAGGAUGAAUCCGGAAAGCGACUUGCACAGGUUGUGAGUGAUCCAAGCUUGACAAAGUCAGGUGUGUACUGGAGCUGGAACAAGGACUCUGCAUCAUUUGAGAACCAAAUGUCUCAAGAAGCUAGUGAUGCAGAGAAGGCCAGGAAAGUGUGGGAAGUCAGUGAAAAACUGGUUGGUUUGGCCUAAAUUGAAUCCUUGAGGUUCUUCUUGUCAACUACUCUUUGUGUUUAGGAGAGGAAGAUCUGGGGUUCAUUGUGAGUGGAGUGUUUGGAUUCAGAUGUUUGAGUAGUUGUAAGCAAUUUUCUCUUGUAAAAUCAGGUGACUUUUGAGCUAGACUUGACAAUAAAAUUACUCACAACAUUUCUCAAAUGACAAUUAUGUGGUAGUUUCAAGAAGUAAGCAUAAUCAGGGAGCCUAGUCCCAGGUGGUUCAAUCAUG